AUGGCAGACUACUGGGUCAGCACGAAGAAGCAUUACUGCAAAGUGUGCAAUGUCCACAUCAACGAUGACAAACCGUCUCGGACCCAGCAUGAGACCGGCUUGCGACACAAGGGCAACAUGGAGCGCUACGUCAAGUCGAUCUACAAGAAAUCGGAGCAGGAUGCAAAGGAGAAGCGCACGAACGAGAGGGAGAUGAGAAAGAUCGAGUCUGCCGCCAUGGCAUCCAUGCCUGCUCUUCCUCCUCCUCCUCGCAGCACGCAAGCUACCGCGCCAGCUGCACCCAGCCAAGCUUGGAAACCUUCCGCAGCUGGUUACUCUUCUGCUCUCUCGCUUGGCUUGGUCAAUCAAGAGGAGAUAGAGAGGCACAGUCAGGCUAUGCGAGAAGCGAGCGAAGCAAGAGUCGGUCAGUGGCAAACCGUCGCGUCUACUUCUGCCCGACCUGCUCGUCCACCGAGACCGAUUCCGGCAAGAGAGCAGGAGGAAGAAGGAGUGAGCUAUCGCACUCUGACGGAGAGGAGGCUGGAGACAGACGACGACGACGAGGAAUUCGACCUGGGCAGUAUUACCAUCAAGAAGAGAGACACUCCCGCGCCCUCUCGCUACAGAAUGAACGCGAUCCCCUUGGCGCCCGUCACGGGUGCUUGGACGGAAUCUGCCAAAGUAGCAGUGAAGCAGGAGCAUAUUCCUCUGCUACCGGGACAAGCAGAAAUGGAGAGGAUGGUCGCUGCUGCUCAAGCUCAACAGAUCGCAAGAGAUCAGAAGAUGCCUCGCAUCACUAUCAAGAACGAGAUCAAGACUGAGCAGGUAGAGCCCGAACCGGAUGCGGACGACAUCAAGCCUGAAUUGUCAGAUACUAAGCCAGCUCUGGUGGAUACCAAGCCGAAUUUGACAGACAUAACGCCAGAGGCAGAAGAGACGAAGCCCGUCAUUUCGGCAGGUCCACCGGCGGAAGAGAAAGUGUCGAUGUUCAAAAAGAGAAAAGCGCCCGAGCACCUCAAGCAGCGGCCGGGCAUCGUCAAACUCAAAGUACGAUGA